AUGAACAGACCCCGGAACCGCCAGCAGCGCCCGAAUCGCGGCGGUGGGCAAACCAGCUCUCGAGGAGGCCAAAGCAGCCAAGCUCGAGGAGACCACUCCAACAACAAUCGAGGCCAAACCCGGGGUGGCGGCCACAACACCCCCCGCCCCCCUUAUCCCACCACAGUCCCCACCACAACCCAAGUCCUCCCCGGCACAUCCGUCUCCAUAGUCCUCAAACAAGACCAACCCACCGGCCGCGAAGUCCAAGGCGUCGUGCAAGACCUCCUGACUCGAGGAAAUCAUCCUCGAGGGAUUAAAGUGCGGCUUAGCGAUGGAAGGGUUGGGAGGGUGCAGAGGAUGGUUGGUGCGGGUGGGGGUAGCGGUGGCUCUGCUGCGAAGGUAGGGGGUGCGCACGCUGGUGGUGGUGGUUGUGGUGGGCGAAGGGUGGAGUUGGAGCGUGGCGAGGAUGAUGCGCUGGAUGGACCUCCACCAAGGACGCUGGCGGAUUAUAUCCAGUUCCCGUCUUCUGAUGAGGACGGGGAGACUUCAACGCGAGGCAACGAGGUGGGCUUUACGACUGCGACGGCGAAGUGUCCAAUUUGUGGCCUCUUCGAAGGCGAUGAGAUAGCCGUGUCUCGCCACGCGGAGGAGCAUUUCACAUGA